AUGAAGAGCAAGCAAGAACAACAAACGGCACAGGAAGACCAUAUCACUCCGAUUCAAACCACUCGCAAUGAACCCAUCAAGGAGAAAGCGGCCCAGUUCCUGGCCACCGUAAAUGAAGACAGAACCUUUACAGUAGAGGAGGAAAAAGCCGUCCUGAGACGGAUCGACCGGCGGGUCCUCCCUUUGCUGUUAGCAGCAUACUUCUUUCAGCAGCUCGACAAAUCGUCGCUCUCGUAUGUUUCCAUCUUCGGCAUCGUGGAAGAUGCGAACCUCCACGGCAAGCAGUAUUCUUGGCUGGGGUCGAUUUUGUACCUGGCCCAGCUGGUCAUGCAACCUAUUGCCGCCUUGCUCUUGGUCAAAUUGCCCACGGGGAAGCUGAUCGCGUCGGCGGUGUUUCUCUGGGGAAGCUCACUCGCCAUCAUGGCGGCUUGCACGGAUUUUCCCAGUUUGCUAGGAUUGAGAUUCACUCUGGGCGCGUUUGAAGCCAUGAUCGGUAUGUCCUUCAACCAAUUCCGGUGCCAUGUUGACGGUUUUAGCACCGUCAUGUGUGGCCGUGACGCAAAUGUGGUGGAGGCGAGGCGAGCAGACACUCCGGACGGCCUUUUGGAACGGAAUGAACGGCGUGACCUUUAUUAUCGGCAGCUUGUUCACCUACGGACUAGGGCAUAUCCAUAG